AGACAUGGCUGCGGCCCCUGGAGGAGGGGACCUGAAGUGAGGAGGGGGCAGGGAGGGGAGAGGACGCGGGCGAGGAAGACAGGCCCCCAGGCCUGGAUGCUGUGACUGUGACAGUCACUGGGUUUGUACAUGUUGGGGAGCAGCCUUCCUUUCGGGGGUGACCACACUCAUCUGGGCAUGCCUGCAGUACUCUGGGCCCAUGGACCUGAAGGAGAAGCAUGCGUUUAGGCAUCACCUUCUCCAGAUAAAUCCUCCCUCCCCUCUCCAGAGGUCCCUCCUUUCAGCAUCGUUCUUGCUACACUACUGAAAUAAUCUGGCUGUUCCCUGGCUCUUACCAUACAGCCUGCCAUGUAGCAAGGGCUUAGUAAAUAUUUAUUAACUUGAACUUAUGGGUAGUGAUCUUCCUGCCAAAGAGACCUUGGGAAGUCUGGAAAGGGAGAGGGAGCUGUGGGUCCACACACCGCCUCUGGUGCUGCCUGGCCGACUGCUGACUUCUUCAGCUCCAGGCCUCACGUGCCUCUGGACCAGCUGUGGAACAGGCUGGUGGACCCUGAAGCAGGGCGAGCCCCCCUUGGCCCUGGGCCUGUCCACCCAGAAGGCCCUCAGCGUCCUGAAGGAGCAGCUGGAGGCGGUGCUGGAAGGACACCAGAAGGAGCGGAAGAAAUGUCUCACGUGGAAGGAACUGUGGAGGAGCAGCUUUCUGCACCACAGUAAUCGCUGCUCCUGUUUCCACUGGCCGGGCGCCUCGCUCAUGCUGCUGGCUGUGCUGCUGCUGCUGGGCUGCCACGGGGGCCAGCCGGCCGGCAGCCACGGGGUGGAACUGGUGAACGCCUCGGCGCUGUUCCUCCUGCUGCUUCUCAGCCUCGUCCUCAUCGGGAGGCAAGAUCGGCUGAAACGUCGGGAGGUAGAGCGGAGGCUCCGAGGGAUCAUCGACCAAAUCCAAGAUGCCCUCAGGGAUGGCAAAGAGAUCAAGUGGCCAAAUGCCAUGUAUCCCGACCUCCACAUGCCCUUUGCACCAUCCUGGUCCCUGCACUGGGCCUACAGAGAUGGACAUCUGGUCAACCUUCCAGUUAGCCUGUUGGUGGAAGGAGACAUCAUAGCUCUGAGGCCCGGCCAGGAAUCGUUCGCCUCCCUGAGGGGGAUCAAGGAUGAUGAGCACAUCGUUUUGGAGCCGGGAGACCUGUUUCCCCCUUUCUCUCCACCCCCGUCCCCCCGGGGAGAAGUGAAGAAAGGGCCACAGAACCCCCAGCAGCACCGGCUCUUCCGUGUCCUUGAGACCCCUGUGAUUGACAACAUCAGAUGGUGCCUGGACAUGGCCCUGUCUCGCCCAGUCACCGCUCUGGACAAUGAGAGGUUCACGGUGCAGUCCGUGAUGCUGCACUACGCCAUGCCCGUGGUCCUGGCCAGCUUCCUCAUCACUAACGCCCUGCGCUUCGUGCUACAUGCCCCCGGAGUCACGUCCUGGCAGUACACCCUGCUCCAGCUACAGGUGAAUGGUGUGUUGCCCAUCCUACCCCUGCUCUUCCCAGUCCUCUGGGUUCUGGCAACCGCCUGUGGAGAAGCCCGUGUCCUGGCCCAGAUGAGCAAGGCCUCCCCUAGCUCGCUGCUGGCCAAGUUCUCGGAGGAUACUCUCAGCAGCUAUACAGAAGCCGUCUCUACUCAGGAAAUGCUACGCUGCAUUUGGGGCCACUUUCUGCGGGUGAUCCAGGGGACGUCGCCAACUCUGAGCCACAGCUCCAGCCUGCUGCACAGCUUGGGCUCUGUCACGGUCCUGUGCUGUGUGGACAAACAGGGGAUCCUGUCAUGGCCAAACCCCAGUCCAGAGACCGUGCUGUUCUUCAGCGGGAAGAUGGAGCCCCCGCACAGCAGCCACGAGGACCUAACGGAUGACCUGUCCACCCGCUCCUUCUGCCACCCCGAGGUAGAGGAGGAGCCCCAUGAACGAGAUGCCCUGCUGGCCGGCUCCCUGAACACCACCCUGCACCUUUCCAAUGAGCAGGAGCAUGGCGACUGGCCCGGUGAUGGUCCCAAGCCCCCUGAGCCCUACUGUCACCACAGAGCAUAUGGCCGCAGCAAACACCCAUCCGGCUCCAAUGUGAGCUUCAGCAGGGACACAGAGGGCGGUGAACAAGAGCCCAGCAAGACCCAGCCAGGGCUGGAUGGGGAGCCCUACGAAACCGAGGACUUUGUGUGUGACUACCACUUGGAGAUGCUGAGCCUGUCGCAGGACCAGCAGAACCCCUCCUGCAUCCAGUUUGAUGACUCCAACUGGCAGCUCCACCUCACGUCUCUCAAGCCCCUGGGCCUCAACGUGCUGCUGAACCUGUGCAACGCCAGCGUCACUGAGCGGCUGUGUCGGUUCUCGGAUCACCUGUGCAACAUCGCCCUGCAGGAGAGCCACAGUGCCGUGCUGCCCGUCCACGUGCCCUGGGGCCUCUGCGAGCUCGCCCGCCUCAUCGGCUUCACUCCCGGGGCCAAGGAGCUCUUCAAGCAGGAGAACCACCUGGCGCUCUACCGUCUCCCCAGUGCCGAGACGAUGAAGGAGAGCUCCCUGGGGAGGCUCUCCUGUGUCACCAAGCGACGCCCCCCGCUUAGCCACAUGAUCAGCCUCUUCAUCAAGGACACCACCACCAGCACAGAACAGAUGCUGUCCCAUGGCACAGCCGAUGUGGUCCUGGAGGCCUGCACAGACUUCUGGGAUGGAGCUGACAUCUACCCUCUUUCGGGUUCCGACAGAAAGAAAGUGCUGGAUUUCUACCAGCGAGCCUGCCUGUCCGGUUACUGCUCCGCCUUCGCCUACAAGCCCAUGAGCUGCUCCCUGUCCUCGCAGCUCAAUGGCAAGUGCAUUGAGCUGGUGCAGGCGCCUGGCCAGAGCAGCAUCUUCACUGUGUGCGAGCUGCCCAGCACCGUCCCCAUCAAGCUGAGCAGCCGCCGGAACAGCUGGAGCUCUGACGAAGGGAUCGGGGAGGUGCUGGAGAAGGAAGACUGCAUGCAGGCCCUGAGUGGCCAGAUCUUCAUGGGCAUGGUGUCCUCCCAGUACCAGGCCCGGCUGGACAUCGUGCGCCUCAUCGAUGGGCUGGUCAAUGCCUGCAUUCGCUUUGUCUACUUUUCUUUGGAGGAUGAGCUCAAAAGCAAGGUGUUCGCAGAAAAGAUGGGCCUGGAGACAGGCUGGAACUGCCACAUCUCCCUCACGCCCAAUGGUGAUAUGCCUGGCUCUGAGAUCCCUCCAUCCAGCCCCAGCCACGCGGGCUCCCUGCAUGAUGAUCUGAAUCAAGUGUCCCGAGAUGAUGCGGAAGGGCUCCUGUUGAUGGAGGAGGAGGGUCACUCGGACCUCAUUAGCUUCCAGCCCACAGACAGCGACCUCCCCAGCUUCCUGGAGGACUGCAACCGGGCCAAGCUGCCCCGGGGCAUCCACCAAGUGCGGCCGCACCUGCAAAACAUCGACAAUGUGCCCCUACUAGUGCCCCUCUUCACCGACUGUACCCCCGAGACCAUGUGCGAGAUGAUCAAGAUCAUGCAGGAGUAUGGAGAGGUGGCCUGCUGCCUGGGCAGCUCCGCCAACCUACGGAACAGCUGCCUUUUCCUCCAGAGCGACAUCAGCAUUGCCCUGGACCCCCUGUACCCAUCCCGCUGCUCCUGGGAGACCUUUGGCUACGCCACCAGCACCAGCAUGGCCCAGGCCUCGGACGGCCUUUCUCCCCUCCAGCUCUCGGGGCAGCUCAACAGCCUACCCUGCUCCCUGACCUUUCGCCAGGAGGAGACCAUCAGCAUCAUCCGGCUCAUUGAGCAGGCCCGGCAUGCCACCUAUGGCAUUCGCAAGUGCUUCCUCUUCCUGCUGCAGUGUCAGUUGACUCUCGUGGUCAUCCAGUUCCUCUCCUGCCUAGUCCAGCUGCCACCACUGCUCAGCACCACCGAUAUCCUAUGGCUGUCCUGCUUUUGCUAUCCUCUGCUCAGCAUCUCUCUGCUGGGGAAGCCCCCCCAUAGCUCCAUCAUGUCUAUGGCAACAGGGAAAAACCUUCAGUCCAUUCCUAAGAAGACCCAGCACUACUUCCUGCUCUGCUUUUUGCUCAAGUUCAGCCUCACCAUCAGCUCGUGCCUCAUCUGCUUUGGCUUUACACUGCAGAGCUUCUGCGACAGCUCCCGGGCCCAAAACCUGACCAACUGCUCCUCCAUCAUGCUGCCAAGCCAUGCCGACACAGCUCCAGCCUGGUUUCGUGACUUUGCCAACGGGCUGCUGUCAGCUCAGAAGCUCGCUGCCGCCCUGAUUGUCCUGCACACUGUCUUCAUUUCUAUCACCCAUGUGCAUCGCACCAAGCCCCUGUGGAGAAAGAGCCCCCUGACGAACCGCUGGUGGUCCAUGACGGUGCCCGUGGUGCUGCUGGGGCAGGUGGUCCAGACAGCAGUUGACCUGCAGCUAUGGACGCACAGGGACAGCCGUGUCCACUUUGGCCUGGAGGACGUGCCUCUGCUGACGUGGCUCCUCGGCUGCCUGUCCCUGGUCCUUGUGGUGGUCACCAACGAAGUUGUGAAGCUGCACGAGAUUCGGGUCCGGGUCCGCUACCAGAAGCGACAGAAGCUGCAGUUUGAAACUAAGCUGGGCAUGAACUCUCCCUUCUGAGCCACUGGCCAUGGUGGCCAUAGUCCCUGGGGCUAAUACCAGACCCAUUUCUGAGUCUGGGGAGUUGGUAUCAUGAAUUUUGCAGGGUUUGCUCUCGUGCCCUGUGGCACUGGAGACCCAGAUCCCGGUGUCAGACCCAGCUGUCGUCUUGACCCUUGGGGCUACCGUGGAGGAGCUGAUGAGCCAAGGCGUUGUCAGGACAGUUCUGGCUCUUCUCUGGGUCUCACCAGGGGCAUUCUUGAAUGUAUGACCUCAUGCGCUUAGCAGAGGGGCUCUCAGACCCCUCUACCUGUGGACUGUCCCCCUUCAUGGUCCCCUAACCCAGUGCCCUCUGCUCUGGGGUCUGUGGGCAGGGCCAUGAACCGUGGGGCCAGGGCCUCAACUUUGUUUUGAAAGGGCAGUUGGCAGCAGCCGUGGGCGGCUGAAGUCCGCUGUUGAAGGCAGGGGUGAUGGUGCAACCUCUCUGCACCUCCCUCAUCCCGUCUUCCAGGGGCAGGUGCCUGGAUAUGGCCGAGUACUUGCCCUCCCGCCCUGUGCAGGGGAGCCCCAUGGGGACCUGAAGAUGGAGAAGGGACCCCACCUCACCCUGGAACCUCUGUGCCUGCCCUCAAGCUGGCCACAAGAGUCCAUCCUGGGGAGACAGCCCAGGGCUCCUUUUAGCCCCCCGCAUAUUUCUCCUGUGAGAAUGUUUUUACUGGUGUAUAUUUUUUACUGGAAAUGAGCCUUUUAGGAAUGAAUUAAAACUUGUAAAUUGCUUAAAAACAUCUGUGGCUGGUCCAUGAGGCAGCCACUAGGGAGGAGAGGAGGGCCCAAGCCUCCCUCCUUCCACACUGGCGGGAGCCUUGGGGGUCCGGUUCAGAGGUCCAGGACACAGACCCAAACACACAGGCCGAUCAUGUGGAAUGACACUUUCAUUGGUGUUAGUUGGGGUAAGAGGUUAAUGGUUACAGAACCGGGGCCUGGGCCAACCAGGUCAGGCUUCCAGCCCCCAGAUGGGCAAUGGGCAUCCUCGCUGUGGUUCGAAGCCCCUCCCCAACUGCGUCUUCUCAGGCAGUUAUAGAUAGAAUAAAUUCCAUUUAAAAUA